CGCAAUUUAUUGCAGAAUAACUACAUGAUGCGGUAGUUUACUUAAAAGUCUUAUUGUCAGCCAUGUUUGUUUGGAUCUCGGGAUUAUCAAGGCCUUGAAGUUGUUCUGCUAACGGAUGCCCAUGAUUCAGCUGGAGAAACCGGUGCUGACUGGUACCAUGCCUGUGGUAUGGCCCACCAUCCUUGACCUGGGCAGGGAUGAGUGCAAAAGAAUUCUCCGUAAACUUGAGCUGGAGGCCUAUGCUGGAGUCAUCAGUGCCCUGCGAGCACAAGGAGACUUGACAAAGGACAAGAAGGACCUGCUGGGAGAACUCACUAAAAUCCUUGGCAUCUCGACAGAGCGCCAUCGUGCAGAAGUCCGCAGGGCUGUGAACGAUGAACGCCUCACCACCAUUGCAUAUCACAUGUCGGGUCCUAACAGCUCGUCCGAAUGGUCCAUUGAAGGACGCCGGCUUGUUCCCUUGAUGCCGAGGCUCGUCCCUCAGACAGCCUUUACUGUGACUGCUAAUGCCGUGGCCAGUGCCACAGCCAAUCAGAAUGCUUCCCUGCUGUUGCCAGCUGAAACGGGAAACAAAGAAGUGGUCGUAUGUUACUCCUACACGAGCACCACCGGCACCUCCAGCGCUACAGCGACCAGCGGCAGCAUCGGAGCAACUGUGAAGUCACCACGACCCCCCAGCCCUUCAUCCAACGUGGUGGUGCUGCCCAGCGGGAGCACCGUCUAUGUAAAAAGUGUGAGCUGUUCCGACGAGGACGAGAAGCCACGCAAGCGAAGGCGGACAAACUCGUCGAGCUCGUCGCCGGUGAUGCUGAAGGAGAUUUCCAAGGUGACCCCGCAGGUAUCCAAGAACAUCACGUUGCCGGUGAGCGGCAGCCCCAAGAUGAGCAACAUCAUGCAGACCAUCGCCAACUCGCUGCCGCCCCACCUGUCCCCCGUCAAGAUCACCUUCACCAAGCCCACCAUCCAGUCCACCAACACCACCACGCAGAAGGUGAUCAUCGUGACAACUUCUCCCAGCUCCAACUUUGUGCCCAACAUCCUGUCCAAGUCUCACGCUCACAACGCCGCUCUAUCCAAGCUGGUGUCCACCACCAUGCUGACGGCGCCCACCCAGAAACAGACGGUGGUCUUCCCAGCCAGCGCCAACCCUACCGCCAACACCGUCGCAGUGACCACAGUGGUGUCCUCUGCUCCUGCAGUGGUCAUGUCAACAACAUGCGCCUCUUCAGCUGGAGUGAAGGUGGCUUCAGCCAGACUUCCUUCACCUAAGACCAUGGUGGGGUCACCGGCUCAGAUAAUGGCCCAGUUCCCCAAACAGCAGUCCCCCAAACAGCUGCAGCAGAGCUCAUCUAUGGGAAUGUGUAGUGUCACCCAGACCACCAGCACCUUGCCAGGCUGCAAGCCCACCAUCCAGAUCAAACAAGAGUCCGGGGUCAAGAUUAUCACUCAGCAGGUCCAGCCCAGCAAAAUCCUUCCCAAGCCUUCAUCCGUGGCUCUGUCCAGCAGCGGCUCGUCCCCCAUCAUGGUUGUCAGUAGCAACGGCGCCAUCAUGACCACCAAACUGGUCACUCAGUCCACAGCUACACAGGCCACCUACACGAGACCGACCGUGAGCCCCAGCCUCGGCGCCAGGAUAUCAGCCUCCAGCGGUGGGACCACCUACGUCAAGACCACCAGCGGCAGCAUCAUCACAGUGGUGCCCAAGUCUCUGGCCACGCUGGGCGGGAAGAUCAUCAGCAGUAACAUCGUCUCCGGCACCACGACUAAGAUCACCACCAUCCCCAUGUCCUCCAAGCCAAACGUCAUCGUGGUUCAGAAAACCACAGGAAAAGGAGCGACCAUCCAGGGACUGCCGGGGAAGAACGUGGUCACCACUCUUCUGAAUGCUGGGGGCGAGAAGGGGUUGCAGGCUGUUCAGGGGACCAAACCAGCAAUCAUUACCGCCUCCAGGCCCAUCACCAAGAUGAUCGUCACCCAGCCCAAAGGCAUGAGCUCCGGGUCCCAGGCCACCGCCACCAAGAUCAUCCCAACCAAGAUCGUCUACGGCCAGCAGGGCAAGACCCAGGUUCUCAUCAAACCUAAGCCAGUCUUCCAGACGGCGGUGGUGAGCGAGCAGACCAGGCAGCUGGUCACUGAGGCGCUGCAGCAGGUGACCCGCGCGGCAGAAAUGGGGCACGGUCAGACCCCAGGCCAGGACGGGUCCAUAAAGGACGACUCGGGCAGCUUAGCUGGCGAGCCCUCCCACGGCAGCGCUCAAGAGCCUCAGCCUGUAGUGCACCUGGUGUCCUCUAGAGAGCACGAUUGGACAGAGCAGGAAAUAUCUGUGGAGUCCAGCCCCACUAUUAUCUACCAGGAGGUGUCUGGUGGGGAAGCCCAGUCUGCCACUUCCACCAUCAAAGCCCUGCUGGAGCUGCAGCAGACAACAGUGAAGGAGAAGGGAGAGUCCAAACCCAGACAGCACACCAUCGACCUGAGCCAGAUGGUCAUGCCCAUCCAGCUGGCCCAGGAGAAGAAGCCCAGCCCGGAGCCCCCCAGGCCCUCCACCUCAGAGGCUGAAGCCAGCACAGUCACAGCAGGUAAAGUCAGCAGCAGAGUGGGCGUGGCCUCAGAGGACGAUAGCGUGGUCAUGUCCUCCAGUCAGCUGCUCGGGAAGCCUUACAAAAUCAGCCAUGUUACCGUGGUAACCAAACCGGCUGCCACCGUGUCCUCUGCAGCGUCGCACGUGCCCUCUGACAGCCAUGGUAAAACUGAGAGCGUGUUAGAGGUGGGCGAGCUGGAAGGCGACACCUUGGACCCCCAAACGGGUUUGUUUUACCGCUCCAGCCAACCAGCUACAGAUCCCACGAAGCAAACCAGCCUCUCUGCAGCCGCUCAGCCGGCGCCCUCGAGCCAGGCAGAGGCCGAGCAGAGCCGCCACAGCUCCGCCUCCACCCAGCCGCCGCCACAACUGCACAGCAAACCUCAAAUCAGCCAGCCUUCCUCUUCCUCCGCUGCCUUCCCCUCAACUCUCAUUCUGACUAAGAAACUCCCAAAACUACGAGAGCAGAGUCAGCCCAAACCCCAGGCCUUAACCCAGAGCCCCAAAGACAGACCCCCGACUUUACCGGCCCAAGUCACCGGGGCAAAGGUCACGACCCUGGUCAUGCCAACCAAGCCCCUGUUGACGCCGCAGCUCCCGAAGCUCCAGCAAGCACCCACAUCCCACCACAGACCCCUGCACACCCCCAUGUCCCACCCUCCUCCCCUGCAGGCGCACCACCCCGUCGGCACGGAAAAGACUGCCUCCAGCCAGCAGCCAAUCAUCACACAGAGCGCCACCGUCACCAAGAUCACCUUCGGCAGCUCCCACCAUUCGUCGCCGGUCUUCAGUAGCGCCGAGGCCACUGCCAAACUAAUCCCCGAGUCUAGCUCCAGGCCCUCGGGAGACAAGCCCUCGGUGUCGGACAUUCUGAAGAUCUCCAUGAUGGAGGCGGAGAUCGAUCCCAGCGUAGAGCCCAUGGUGGUGGACUCCUCCAGCGACUGCGGCCCUCUGGGGAAAGCCCAGGCCGUGUCGGGCACCCUGGACUCGGGCCAGUUCAUCAGCAGCUCCGGGGCCUCCAUGCAUCUUUCCCACACAAAGUCUCAGCAGUUCAGCUGCAUGCCGGGCCUCACAGCACAGAGGAACAAAGAAGACAUGGAGGUCAUUGAGGUGAUUCCUCAGUACUCCAUCCUCCCGGACUCCAGCCAGUCCAACGUGGUGGUGGAGCCCAGCGGCUUCCUGGAGAUCACCAACUACACCAGCCAGCAGCUGGAGGAGGACAGCCCCAUGGAGCAGGAGGUGGACAGCAGCAACGACGAGGCCGCAGCGGCCAGUCCCGCCCACCAACCCUAACCCUCUCCACGCUGGAGAUGGCUUGUGACCUCAAACCCAGCGGACAAAAGACUCUGGCUGUUUUUUUUACAUAUAGUGCAAGAGCAAAACUGCUUUCUGUUUUUGUGUAAAAUAUUAGUUUGUUCAUAAUAAGUAUUUUUUUUCUUUCCCACAACUAAUGGCACAUGUGGUUUUUAUUGCCAGCGAGCAGCGCUGGACGUGGGGGCGAGGUGAAAGGAUUAGUUUUAGUGCAGCCCCAGACAUUUGGAAAGCUCUCCAAACAAACUGUCCAGCACAGACACUUACACAUCCUUAACAUUGAUUAGUUGGAGGUUUUGGCACUUUGCCUUGUGCCGCUGCACGUAACGUGACAUACAGCCGGAUCAAACCACUGCAGGCCUGCGUUUCUGUUGAUUGUCUAGAGUAUUUCAAACGUGUGUUCCCCAAUCUUUGUACAAAGCGACUCUCCUGUUGAUAGACAUCUUUCGAUGAAGGUUUUUACCACCAGAUGAACAGUAUUUUCUUUUGACUGAGGUGCAGCUUUGUAACUUUUGGGAUUUAAGUUUUCAGAAGAGAGAACAAAGCUGCGUGGAACAUAAAGCAGAAAAGCUUCUCGGAGGAAGGAUAACAUAUGUGUUACUGUUCAUUGUAACUGAUGUAAUGUUAAAAGAAAAAGCAUUAAGCAAUGUACCUUGUUUUCUGUAAGAUACGUUCUAGAGUUUCACCAAGUAUGCAUUUGCUUCUGCAUAGUGUGUUUAAACUAUGCAUUUAUUUUAUACCUUUUCAAACUAGACGACUAGUUGAGGAAAAUCAUUUAAUCUGCACAAUAAACCCGCUAAAUAGAACAA